AUGCAGGAUCCAACUGCUAGCUUCGAAGAGGCGGGCUUUCUGCCAAACAUAUAUUCAUUGUCUCAGGAAUUCGAUUACGUACAGCCGCGUCUGACACCAAUUGCUGACGUGAGACGGCUACCGGGGACCCGGCAGGUGCUGAACGUGGCUGUUCUUGAAUGUGAGCAAAUGCCACACAAGAUCCUCAAUACCCACGGUAACUUUACCAAGAUCUUCGAGAAGUGGCUUGCUUCCGGUCUAGUACCUUUCAAUAUUGGUCGUCCUGGAAAGAAACUUUCUAUCAACACAAGUACUUGCGUCGUCAAGGAUGGUCAAUACCCCACUGAUUUAGCUGCGGUUGACGCGCUGCUCAUCACCGGCUCUUUCGAUUCUGUCAAUGACGAUUUUCCUUGGAUUCAUACGCUUCGGAGAUAUAUCUCAGAUGUCUAUACAUAUCAACCCCACGUCAAGAUCUUCGGAGGGUGCUUCGGACAUCAACUGGUAGCACAAGCCCUCCUCACCGAACAUGGAGCCCUCGUCAAAAAAUCACAAUAUGGUUGGGAGAUUGGAGUUCACGAGGUGGAAUACAAUUCGCGCUUCACUGAGUACUUCGGCUUGGAUACGACGACCACACAGUAUCAAUUCCUACAUUGCGACCAUGUCAUCCUGAUAUCGGCACUUCCUCCCAACUGGAUUUGCCUGGGCUCUACCCCUUUGUGCGAAACACAAGGUCUGUUUGAACCGGGAAGAGUUCUUACAUACCAAGGCCACCCAGAAUUCCCUCGUGAUAUACUCUAUCAGUUUGUUGAUCGUAUGGGGGCUGCGGGUGUCCUGAGCCCUGAAAUGUACAAGAUAUCUUUGAAUCUGAUUGAGAAUGAGGUUGACAGGGUAUCAGCGGCCGUGAUUGCUGUGGCCUUUCUGUUUGAACUAUAA